UUUUCUUUUCGUAACCUCUACCUUUAACCUCUGAAACCUGAAGGUUUUUGAAAUGUAAACAUAUUUAUAUAAUUAAAUUCGAAAUGGCCUGUAGUGAGGGGCAGUAUCUUGUAAAAUUUAUAGCUUCAAAUUUACUACCAAAAUUCAAAAGAGUUUUCAAGGGCGCCUUCAGUGAGAAAUAUCUACUAUUGACGAAUCUAGGGAUUUCAGUAUCUUUAUCUGGCUUGGGAGAUGCAAUAGAGCAGCGCUAUGAAAUCAUGAAUGAUGAGAUAGAGAAAUGGAAUCCUUUAAGAACAUGGCAUAUGUCAGUUUCUGGACUAACAGUCGGAUUUAUAUGUCAUCAUUGGUACAAAUAUUUGGACAAAUUUCUUCCUGGUUAUACAUUGAGAAUAGUAAUGAAAAAAAUCAUAGUUGAUCAACUUGUUGGUUCUCCUUUGUGCAUUUCAACAUUUUUCUUAACUAUAGGAUAUCUGGAAGGCACAGAAAAAGAUGCCUUUAUCGAAGAAAUAAAGCAGAAAGCUUGGAAACUUUACGCGGCAGAAUGGGUCAUUUGGCCACCAGCACAAUUCAUAAACUUUUACCUGCUACCCAAUAAAUUCAGAGUGUUAUUUGAUAAUACAAUUUCCUUAGGUUAUGAUAUUUAUACAUCUAGGGUUAAAUUCACAAAAGGUAGUUCAGAAUAAUGGCAGAUAUGUAGAGAAAUUCAACUAAAGUAUUUUCAAACCUUAUUGUCCCUCAAGAAUUACAUAAUAUCUGUGAUAGGUAUCUGUAUAUCCUUUUGUAUAUUGGUACCCAGUUGAAAAUACAAUUUUAUUGAAGCUAA